CCAAAAUGGCGGCAGCUGCAAGGAAAAACUUUGAUGGUAUCGUAGAUGUGAUGCUGUGGCAAGACAGCAGUGAUGACUCAAGUAGCAGUGAAGACGACUUGGAUGAACUGUUGCUGGAAUUCAUGUUUCCACAACAAAACGAUGCAAACUACCCCCGUAUUAAUCUCCAGGAUAUACCUGAUAUUCAGUGUGAGGCCAUGUUUAGAUUUCCAAAAGGAGAUAUGGAAAGACUCCGAGACGCGUUACAACUGCCAGUCAAUUACAUUUGCAGUCAAGGGACUAUUGCUACUGGGAUGGAGGCACUGAUGAUUCUUUUAAGAAGAUUGGCGUAUCCUAAUCGAUGGAGUGAUCUGGUGCCUGUUUUCGGGCGAACAGUAUCAGAACUGAGCUUGAUAUUUAACAAGAUUAUGGAUGAUAUCUAUGACAGAUUCCACCACCUCUUAGAUAGUCUUGACCUGGUAUGGCUUGAUCCUGAAGCUUUUGCUGAGGCUGUUCACGAAAAAGGAGCUCCUCUUACUGGGUGUUGGGGUUUCAUCGAUGGGACCCCCCGACCAAUAGCUCGUCCUGUCCGCAAUCAACGAAUUAUGUUCAGUGGUCAUAAGAGAACACACUGCUUAAAAUUCCAGUCUGUUCAAGCCCUAAAUGGCAUGAUAGCCCAUAUGUUUGGUCCUAUAGAGGGUCGCCGACAUGAUGCCUUCAUGCUUGGGGUGAGUGGCCUGUCAGCUAAACUGCGUCGAUUUGUUCAACCCAAUGGAGAGCCAUAUGUCAUUUAUGGGGAUCCUGCCUAUGGCAUUACACAGAACAUUAUUGCUCCAUUCCGUCAAGCACACCUUACAGAUGAUGAGCAGGAAUUUAAUACGAGAAUGAGCAGAGUUCGGACAAGUGUGGAAUGGGGUUUUGGUAAAAUCUGCCAAAAUUUUGCAUAUUUAGACUUUAAAAAGAACUUAAAGAUCCUUUUACAGCCUGUGGGUAAAUAUUAUUUAGUUGCAUGUAUUCUUAUCAAUUGUCACACCUGUUUAUAUGGCUCACAGACAACCACUUAUUUUAGUUUAGAGCCGCCACCCCUGGAAACCUACCUAUCCAACCUCUGACCAUGUUUACUUGGUCUUUCUACCUAUAAUUAUUUUAUUUAUGUAAAUAGCAACAGGAGUGAAAUAAAACAAGAGAAGAUGAA